AUGAGCAUGGAGGACAUGCUUAAAAAACUCAUGGCUAACCAAGCUAAACUAGCUGGAAAUAUUCUUCAAUAUCAAAUUACUACUCAAAAUUUAGAUAAGCAAGUGGGACAACUAGAAAGUGCUCAAAAUUCUUGCCUACAAGAAGGUUUACCAUAUAACACUGAUCCAAACUGCAAGCAGGUAAAUGCUGUGAGCACACAAAGUGGACAACCACUAGCUAAGGGUAUUCCUAAAUAUGCCAAGUUUCUCAAAGAUAUUGUGGCAAACAAGAGUAAGUUAGCUGAAUUUGAAAUGGUGGCACUCACUGAAGAGUGUAGUCCAAGGAUCUUAAAUAAAGUAAAGCUACCAGCUAAGAAAAAAGAUCCAGGUAGUUUCAUGGUAUACGUAACCAUAGGAAAGUGCAGUAAUGCAAGAGGUCUCUAUGAUCUAGGUGUGGGUAUAAACUUGAUUCCUAGAUCUAUGAUUAAGAAAUUAGGCUUGGGAGAACCUAAACCAACCAUCAUUUUGUUACAAUUGGCUAAUCAUUUUGUAGCUAGACCUAAUGUUAUCAUUGAGGAUGUGUUUAUUGAAGUAGAAUCACUCAUCUUUCCUGUUGAUUUUGUUGUAUUAGAUUUUGAGCCGGAUCCAGAGGUUCCCUUUAUUUUGGUACAUCCCUUCUUAGCAAGAGGAGGUGUACUUAUUGAUAUGGCUAUAGGUAGAUUGACUAUGAGAGAACAUAACAAAUUUAAGGUGUUUGAUGUAUAUCAAGCACUGAAAUUGUCUGCGGUCUAUGAAGAAUUGUCUUCUAUAACCCUCAUUGAUGAGGAAGUGGCAGCUCGGUGCAUUUUAUCAAAAGACCCUUUAAAGAGAGUAUUGAUUGGUCACGAUAUUGAAGGUGAUAGGGAAGCUAAAGAGCUAGCAAGUGUGCUUGACAUUCCAAAUGUCAGCAUAUGGAAAAAUAAUGUGGAACUAUUGAACAGAGAAUUGGGUCCUUCACCCAAGCCCUCUCUUGAAGAAGCUCCUAACUUGGAGUUGAAGCAACUUCCAGCCCGUUAA